UGCUACCGGCUCAGGAAGAUGGCGGCGCGCUCGGGCACGAGCUUCCAGCGGAGGGCCCGCAAUCAACGGACGUCGGUGCCGGGAACCCGGCCGUCGGUGCAUAACGGGCAGCUGCUGCUCUCCACCGGGGUGCCUUCCCUUGACUACGUGAUAGGAGGUGGCCUAGCUGUUGGAACUCUUCUCCUUGUUGAAGAAGACAAAUAUGAAAGCUACUCACGGAUGUUACUGAAGUAUUUUGUAGCAGAAGGUAUUAUUUGUGGACAUUCUCUUUUCAUUGCUUCUGCCAAAGAUCAUCCCAAGGAAAUAUUGCAGGAGCUCCCUGCCCCUCUGCUUGAUGAUGUGAUCGAGACUGAGGAAUCUAACAAAGAGAAGGAGUCCAAUUCAGUUGAUAUCACUUCUUCAUUUGCACUCCAGAAUUCAAUGUCAAUAGCAUGGCGAUACCAAAACUUGCCAAAAGUACAGACAGCCUUGACAUCCUCCUCCAGAUUUGGUCAUUAUUACGAUGUUUCUAAAAUAAUGAGUUCUGAACUUCAGCACUCAGUCAACUGCCACAGCUUUUUCCUACCCGAGGAAGUUCCAUUGGAUCCAGUAGAUACUGAAAUUGGUAACAUGAACUUUGGUUACGUCAAGCUGCUUAGAGCCAUACAGAGAGUCAUCCGUGAGGAAAGAUUUGAUGGAACCGGUCCCCAGACUAAACAGAGGAACAUCCUGCGGAUAGGAAUCCAUUCACUUGGCUCAGUAUUAUGGGGAGACGAUGUUGGCCUUAAUGAAAACCCUGAAUCUGCGUACAGUCUGACUAAAUUUCUGUAUGCACUCCGUGGACUUCUCAGAACAUCUCUCUCCGCUUGUAUUAUUACCGUGCCAGCAUACCUCCUCCAGAACAAAGCAGUUAUAGGCCGUGUGGCAAAAUUAUCAGAUACUGUGAUUGGCCUUGAAUCAUUUAAUGCUUCUGAGAGGGAAACCAAUCCAAUCUACAAGGACUAUCACGGUUUAUUCCAUGUUCGUCAGCUUCCUCGGCUUAAUUGUUUAAUCUCUGAUGUGCCUGAUACAAAGGACCUUGCAUUCAAAUUGAAACGAAAAUUGUUCACUAUUGAGAGGCUGCAUUUGCCUCCAGACUUGUCAGACACAGUGAGCCGAUCAAGCAAACCGAAUGUGGCAGAAUCAGCCAAACUGCUGAGCUCAGGAUGUGGUGAUGCAGCCAGAGGCAAGAAGCACCUGGACUUCUAGUGACUUUUGUUUAACCAUUUCGCUCUGUAUUCUCAUCAGAUGUAAAGUGUUAUUGUGGAUCAUUGGUGUAUAAAUAAAGCAAUAAAUAUUA